AAAGGGGUAACUUUAUCCGUAGACGCAACAACCAAAUUUGCCUCGACGUGUUGUUGUUGAGCGGAUGGUCCGGAAAUUAUCAGAUGACCGUUGGAUACUGUUGGUGAAAUGCUUGAUACAGGCGGUAGAGUAUUCGACAUAUCUUUAACUUCGGUUGUGAUGGAGUCAUUUCCUGAUGUGUUGAACUGUUUACUAAUUUCACUUAUUCGCGUAAACGACGUGUCGAAAUGAUCCUCAGCAGAGGGUAGUUGCAUAUCGAUUGAUUCAAUUUGAUUUGCAUUUGGUUCAGGCAGCACCUGAUUUUUAAACAUUGUUAUUAUUUGGUGAAGUUCUAGGUAACAAAAAAUUGUCUAUACCUUGUUUUUUUUAUUAUUCUUUCUUAAUAAAAGAGCUGCUUCUCUCUCUGCUAUUUUAAUUUUUGCUUCUCUUUUUGCCUUUUUUAUGGCAAGUCUCUUUUUCUUCCAUUUCUUUUCUCGAAUUUUUACCUCGAUGUCUUUGGCUUUUUUCUCUGCUUUCGUGGCUUUUUCAAUAGCCUUCUCUUUUUUCUUUUUAAGUAUUGGUAGACGACGACUACGCCUCUGACUCAAUAAUCUUUUUUUUUUAACUAUACAUGAAUUUACAACAUUGUAGUCAAAGCAAAGGUUGAAAAAGGUGAUAAUGACUUAGACACUAUCGUACCUGAAACAGUUGUCUUCCAUUGGUAAGCAGUUGGUGGCACUGUUGACUGACAGUAACUGUGCUCUUCUGUGGGGGGUGGAACAGGUAUGAUUUUUGGAAUCGGAAUGUUUAAACUUGGCACCCAAUCCACACCUACAUCAGGUUUACCUAUAUAGAUAUUGAAAUAUGAUCAAAUUAUUUUCACACAUAUUCUAUCUAACAUACCUGAUACAAAAUGUUUUGAGCAAACUAAAAUUGGUUCUCUUUCCGUAUCAGCUUCAGUAAGACCCAAUGCUUUCAACCACAAAGAACGUCUCUUUUGGAUUAAUUGUUUUGUCAAUUCACACAUAGGCCCAGCUUUUACCUUUGGGAUACUUGGCAUACUAAAGUAUUUUUCAUUUCCGUUACCCGAUGUAACAGAUGUGCAAUAUGGACUCAGAAAACAUCUGUUACGAGGUCCCAUCUUAAAGACGAUUGAAUAUUAACUAAAUAUUCCUUUUAUUGUUUUCACAGUUUCGGAGGGAGUUUGAGUUCAGUUUAAGUUGUAAACAAAAACCCACAACAAUUAAUCGAUAGUGGAAAAAACUCGAUAAUCGAUAUAUUUCCUCGUGGCUUCUGCUUUUGCCAGAAGAUUCUUGUCUUAACUUGCAGUCUUGCUCUUGCACCACAGUCCCUUGCAGAAUUAUUAUUUAAUUCGCUGAUAAAGUUCAUCUUCGUUCGCUCUAUUCAUUCUUUAAAAUCUCAAUUUGUAAGACUCUGUUAAAGUUCAAAAUCUCAUUCCCAUAAUGUCAUUUUCGGUGAUAAAUGUCGUUCGAAACGUUUCACGCCAUGCGUUACCGGCGUCCAUGAGGUCUAUCCUGUCGAAACCCAUUACCAGGUCUUUGUGGUACAUGUCUAAUCCCACAAAUCAAUUUGUCCCAACAAAACUUUCUCCAGCAUUCAAACAUACUCCCCUGAGCCCUUCCUGCCCAUGUGGAGAAUGCAGAGGAGUUCAUACAAGAGGGGACAAAGAGCUGAUUGAGUUCCUCUCAGAGGAAAUUGCUGCUGAGAAGAAGGGAAUGAGCAAAGCCAGGCCUGUCGCUAACUUGGAUGGAUUUGAUGUUAAACACAAUGGUUCAGAGAUAGUAUUGUCUAAGAAAUUUAAUGAUGAACAAAUUGAGAUAACAGUUAACGUCAACCAUUCUGUUGAUGCUGACAUCAGUGAGGAAGUUGACAACAAAGCUGACAAUCCUCCCCAGGCUGAAAUGAAAUCAAAACCACACUUUGAAGUCAAACUAAUGAAGGGAAAUCAAGUAACCAGAUUUGCCUGCAGUUACAUUCAAGAUGCAGGAGAGCCUGUUGAAGAUGCCCCAAAUGACAUUUUCACUAUUGAUGAACUUGCAGUAUAUGAGGACAAACAUAAUGAUCAGACUUAUGCUGUCGCUGGAGACAUUCUUGAUGGGUACAUGUACGACCUUCUGAUGAAUCUGCUCGAAGAACGAGGAGUAUCCAACGAAUUUGCUGAAAAGCUGAGCGAUCUAGCUACCAAGCGGGAACACCAUCUAUUUAUUAAUUUGUUAGAGAGCCUUCAGUCUUUUGUCCAAGGCAAAUGAAAGGUUUAGAAUAGUUUUGAGAUGAAAAAUAAAAAGCUAUGUAGUCAUUUUGUUUAAAA